AUGGGUAAUUACAUUACAUGUUGUGAAAAAAAACUUCAUGAAAUUGAUUGCACUGAAGGAUUUUUUCGAGAAAAAGAUAAAGAUGGAUUUACUAUAAUAAAAACGAAUCCAUAUGAUGAUCAAAAAUUUGGGCCAUAUGGAUUGAGAAAAGAAACUAAAAUAUUUAUGAAACAUAAUUAUCUACAUAAUAUUAUACAAUCUUUAUUUAAUAUAAUAGAUAAAGAAACUCUAAGAAGAGAUAUUUUAUUAAUUAGUAGUGAUGGGAGAUAUUUUUCUGACAAGGCUAUUCACAUAAUUUGUGAAAUUGCCGCUGGUAAUGAAAUAAAGCAUGUGAUAAUUCCUCAUAAAGGAUUAGCAACUGCUGCCGCAUGCGAUUCAAUUAUAAAAAAUAUAAAUGAAAAAAAUGAUUCUACACAUCCUAUAAAAAAGUGCUUUGCUAGUAUAAUAUUAACAGCAUCUCAUAAUGCAGGAGGGAAAAACGGAGUUUUUGGAAUAAAGGUUAAUAAAUAUGACGAUAAUAAACCAAAUGGAGAAUUUUUACAUAAAUUUCACAAGGAAACAUUAAAAAUAGACUGUAUAAAAAAGAAGAGAAUAGAUAAAAUAAUGUUGGAUAAAAUAAAAGUGGAGACAGUUGACAAUUUAAUUGUUGAAAUUGUUAAUCCUGUUGAAGAUUGGAUUAAUCUAAUGAAAAAAGCUUUUGAUUUUGAUUUAAUUAAAAAAUUAACAAGAAAUAAGAAUUUUAUUUUCGCCUACGAUGCAUUUCAUGGAGCAACAGGUGAAUAUGCCAAAGAAUUAUUUGUAAAUGAAUUAAAACUAAAUGAUAAAUUUUUUUUCAAUUUAGAUAAUAAAAACGAUUUCAAUAAAUUAAUACCUGACCCAAAUUUAAUACAUGCAAGAAAAUUAGUUGAUAUAAUGAAAAUAGAUGUUAUUCAGAAUAAAAAAAAAGAUGAAAAAAAAGAUAGUGAAAACAAAGAAAUGAAAAACAUAAAUGAAGUAAUACCAGAUUUAGCUGGUGUUUGCAGUUCCGAUGGAAGCAGAUGCAUGAUACUAGGAAGAAAUAUUUUCGUCAAUCCUUGUGACAAUCUUGCUAUUAUUACUCAUUAUGCAGAAAAAUGUAUUCCUUAUUUUAAAAAUAAUUUUUUAGGCGUAGCUAAAUCCUACCCCACGUCUAAAGCUGUUGAUAAAGUUAUUGAAAAAAUGAACAAAAAUAUUUAUGAAACACCACCAGGAUAUAAAUACUUUAUUAAUUUAAUAAAUGACAAUAAAAUUUCUAUUUUCGGGGAGGAAUCAUUUGGUAUAGGAAGUAGUUUAAUUAGAGAAAAAGAUGGAUUAUUUACUAUUUUAUGUUGGUUAUCUAUAUUAGCAUAUAAGAACAAUGUAGUAAAAAAUUAUGAUAAUUCCAAUGAUUUUAUUUCUGUAAAAGAUAUUGUUCACGAAUUUUGGAAGGAAUAUGGAAGAUCUUAUUACACAAGAUAUGAUUUUGAACAAGUGGAUAUAAAUAAAUGUGAUAAGAUGUUUGAAUUUUUAAACAAAAUAGUGAAAAAUGAAUUACCUCUUUAUGAAAAUGUGAAAGAACUAAAUAUAAAUAACCCUAAUCAUAGAAUAAAAAAAAUGGAAACUUUUGUGUAUAUAGAUCAUGUUUCAAAAGAAAUAUAUAAUGAUGAAGGAAUUAAAGUUACAUUUGAAAAUGAAUCUUCAGUAAUUUAUAGGAAAUCAAAAGAUACAAUAGAACAAAGUACUAUUAGAAUUUACUUUGAAAAAUUUGAAAAAGAAAGUAUCUUUUCAACAAAUCAUGAAAUUCUUGAAGAUUUAAUUUAUGCUGGAUUAAAAAUGUGUAAAAUAAAAGAUUUCAUAGGAACAGAAAAUCCAACUGUUGUUAUAUAA